ACUGAGAGGGGCGGUUAGAUGUGAUGAUGGCAUGUCAUUGAUGUUAUUUUGUCAUCUGUAAAAGGUGGCAAUUGUAAACACAUAGCCUAAACUGAUUCAGAGAGGUAGAACACUGGCAGGUCAGCGGCCGUAAGAAAGGAAUGUGGAUGAAGAGCAAUCGACAGCACAGCGCCUGAAGAGCUCCCAGCGCGGCGCGACAGCGAAAGUGAGAUCAAGUGGGAUGCAGUUGCAACCUGAAGCCCAGUCAGUGUAGAUUGGAGUUGGCAUUUGCUGUUGUUAUCUCGGCAGCAUCAAACCUGACCUUUUCUCCACUGGCGUGCAUCUUUGAAGUAUGUGCUGUCCACAGGUUUUCUGUCUCCCAAAGGACGAUAUAUGGUUAUCCACCCGGUAAAGAAAGCAACACUUUUCUCCUAAACAAAUUCAACUCUACUCUUCAACUACUCUUUUCGGACUGCUCUUGUGUUUUGGAUUGCCUUAAAUUUCUCGAGUAUUUCAAGAUGUAGCAGCCAUCCUGAGUGGGUAAUAAUGGUGAUGCUGUUCCUGGUCCUCUCCUCAGGUGACAGAGGCUCCAGGCCCCAGGGGAGGGAGAGGCUGGCCUGGCUGUAGGCUGGCAGCAUGAAGCACCUAGCCAUCUCCAAGUGGCUCAGUCAGCUGGGUCUGCCGCAGUACUGCACUCUGUUUGACGACGACUAUGAUGGGGUGGAGGACCUGUUGCACCUGAAUGAGCUGGAUCUGCUGGAGCUGGGGGUCCGUAACCACCUCCACCGCAUCCACCUCCUCACGAGCAUCCAGAUACUGCAGGAGAGCGAGAGGAGGAGAGAGCUGAGGAUGAUGGCGGAGGGGAAGUUUGCCAGUCUGCCCAGGAAUAUGCACAUGGGCGUGGGCAGCAGGCAGUGUCCCUUGGCCUCCUCCAUGGACCUGCUGACCUCCAGGCCUGCAGUACCAGAGCUGCCCCCAGCCGGAUACCACAGUGUCUCCAUCCACGGCACUCUGCCUAGGAGGAAGAAAGGGUCCCCAGCCCCGGCCCAGGGCCCUGCCCGCUCCUGGGACAUGUACAGCCACAUGGGCACCCUUCCCCACCCGGCCCGCACCCACCUGCCCUCCUCGCCGCUCAUUCACAACAUCAUAGAGGAACACCAGCCUUACCAUACAGGGAGGGAAGGCCACUCUGCAUACAGGGACCUCAGCAGCAGCAUGGAUCCCACCAUGGAGUACGUCAAGUUCUCCAGGGACAAGUACAUCAUGGAGGGUCCACCGGAGAAACUACGCAAGGAGCUGGAAGACGAGCUGAAGCUGGGCAGUGAGGAACCACGCAGCCACGCCUGGUACCAUGGUGCCAUCCCCAGACAGGUGGCAGAGAACCUGAUCCAGAGAGACGGGGACUUCCUGAUCCGGGACUCUCUGUCCAGCCCUGGGAACUACGUCCUGACCUGCCAGUGGAAGAACAGCCCGCAACACUUCAAAAUCAACAAGAAGGUGGUGGCCAUGAACGAGGCCUACUCCCGGGUGCAGUACCUGUUCGAGAAGGAGGGCUUCGACAGCGUGCCUGCCCUGGUGCGUUACUACGUUGGCAACAGGAAGCCAGUGACGGAGGCGGUGGGGGCCAUCAUCUUCCAGCCCAUCAAUAGGGCCUUGCCCCUGCGCUGCCUAGAGGAGAAGUAUGGGGUGGCCUGUGUCCGUGUGGAGGCUGGCCUGACCCUGCCCGAGAGGAAGAGCCAGACAUCUAAACGCCUGAGCCUCAACAUYAUGAACGGACACACCCAGGACCACAGCCUCGGACGGGGGAACCUGCUUAGGAACAAAGACAAGUGUGGAAGCCAGCCGGCGUGUCUGAACCACGUUCAGGAGAGACGACGGCCCCUCAAAACCCACCAGUCAGAGAGCUUCCUCCCGCUAGGCUCCAGGGCCCAGCCCCAGCUCAUGGAGCACCAGCCAAGCCCCAAGUCUCCAGUAUUUAGGACGGGUAGUGAGCCGGCACUCAGCCCCACCGUGCCAAGGAGGAUGGCCUUUGAGACCCAGGCCGGGGAGGCCAUACGGGGCUCAGACAGCCAGCUCUGCCCCAAGCCGCCCCCUAAGCCCAGCAAGGUGCCCUCCAUCAGGAUCCCCCACUCCCCACGUCUGCAGCCCCUGGCUGCCCCAGCCCCGGGUCCCCCUGUACCCCCACUGAAACCCAAGAAGCAGCAUGUGAUCCAGGCUCUCCAGCCUCCGCAGCCCCCCAGCCCAGAAGUGAAUUACUGUGAACUCAGCCCCUGCAGCCCAGCAGAGUUGGACAGGCUCCAGGCCCCAGCUCCAGGGCCCCAGCCCAACAACAACAGCUACGUMGAGAGGCUGAGGACAGAGGAGAGCCAGAGGAGCAGCUACGGCUCCAAAUUGGACCGCAGCUCCUACCACCACGCCAUCGAAGCCCUGGAGAAUGGCAGCGAAGAGGAGGUAGAAGGAGGUGGAAAAGGAGGGAUGGAGGAGAUAGAGGAGACUGUGGAGAAGGAGUUCCGGCGGCCGGUGUUGGAGACUGCGUCUGCGUUCCGGCCGGGGGAGUUUGAGUCGAGGCUGCUGCCUGCAGAGAACAAACCCCUCGAGAUGAGUGUACUGAAGAGAGCCAAAGAGCUGCUGGUCCAUAAAGACCAUCACAUCAUCGCCAAGCACAUCCUCAUGGCAGAUUGCCAGGUUGCUAGGGUACAUGGCAUCUCUGAGGAGGCGAAAGCUCAAAUGGGUGUGUCAUCUGGUCUGGAGCUGGUGACCUUACCCCACGGCAGGCAGCUGCGGCAAGACCUGAUGGAAAGGCACCACACCAUGGCCAUCGGGGUUGCUGUGGACAUCCUGGGCUGCACAGGAAGUCUGGAGGAGCGGAGCGCCACUCUGAACCGUAUCAUCAUGGUGGCUCUAGAACUGAAGGACUCCAUGGGGGACCUGUACGCCUUCUCCUCCAUCAUGAAAGCACUGGACAUGCCUCAGAUCACACGGUUAGACCACACCUGGACCAUGCUGAGGAGGAAGUACACUCAGACUGCCAUCAUAUACGAGAAGUCUCUCAAGCCAUUUUACAAGGGACUGUAUGAAGGAACAGUGGACAUGCCCCUGACUGGCACCACAGUGCCUCUACUGAUGCCCCUGCUGAUGCUGAUGGAGCGCCCGGCGGUGGCGUUCGAGGGCAUGGAGCUGUGGGAGAGCAACGACCAGGGCUGUGAAAUCCUGCUACGCCACCUGGAGGAGGCUCGCAGCGUGGCACACAAUGCUGACUCAUACACCGCCAACACUGAACGAGUCCUGCAAGAUUUCCAGGCUGACGAGGACCUGCUGGAGAUCUGUAAAACAGACUUCCAGCUGCGUCUGCUGUGGGGCAGCAGAGGGGCGGCCGUCAACCAGACGGAGAGAUACGACAAGUUCACACUCAUCCUGACUGCUCUGUCCAGGAAGCUAGAGCCAGCGGUCAAACACACAGAACUCUGAACAGGACAGUCAGGCUGGUUAAGAGAGAGGAUGAGGAAGACUGUUACAGAGCGAGACCGCUGUCCUUUCCCAACCUGUCCACUGGAGGGAGUGUGAGUCAGAUCCAUCUGGAACUCAUCCUUGGCAGGACACCAAUCUGAGUGUGCUGAUAUGAAAGGGGGAAAAUGUCCCUCCUUGACGCAGGAGGGGGGGGGGGGUUGCCUCAUCCCAGAUCCGUUUGUGCUCUUGCCUACUAUUUGGAGGCGGCAGGUAGCAUAGUGGUUAGAGCGUUGGGCCAGUAACCAACCGAAAGGUUGCUGGAUCGAAUCCCAGAGCUG